AUGCAUCCCCGUCUGUCGCCGCCGCUACCUCCGCUACUGCUGCUGGUGCUGCUCUCCUGCGCCCAGCGCUGGGUUGACGCUGAGCCCCCGCUGUGUGACGUGCUGCGAGUGCUGCAGGAGGAGCAAGACCAGUGUCUGCAGGAACUCUCCAGGGAGCGUGCGGGAGACCCGGGUGCCGAGCAGCCAGCGCCAGGCUGCAUGGGGCUGUGGGACAACACGAGCUGCUGGCCCUCCUCUGCGCCAGGACAGACUGUGCAAGUGGAGUGCCCAAGAUUCCUCCAGCUGCUUACAAGCACAAACGGUUCCAUAUUUCGAAACUGCACACAGGACGGCUGGUCGGAAACCUUCCCCAGUCCUGACCUGGCCUGUGGGGUUAAUGUGAAUGGCUCUUUCAAUGAGAAGCGGCAUUCGUACCUGCUGAAGCUGAAGGUCAUGUACACUGUGGGCUAUAGCUCGUCCCUGGUGAUGCUCCUGGUCGCCCUCAGCAUCCUGUGCUUUUUCCGGAAGCUCCACUGUACCCGCAACUACAUCCACAUGCACCUGUUUGUGUCCUUCAUCCUGCGCGCCCUGUCUAACUUCAUCAAGGACGCCGUGCUCUACUCUGAUGAUGAUGUCACCUACUGUGAUGCCCACAGGGUGGGCUGCAAGCUGCUCAUGGUCUUCUUCCAGUACUGCAUCGUGGCCAACUACACCUGGUUGCUGGUGGAAGGCCUCUACCUUCACACACUCCUCGUCGUCUCCUUCUUCUCAGAAAGGAAGUGGCUUCAGGGAUUUGUCGCCCUCGGGUGGGCCUUUGUGCUUGUGGGCCUGUGCUGGGACAUCAAUGCCAAUGCAUCUGUCUGGUGGGUCAUUCGAGGGCCUGUGAUCCUCUGCAUCCUGAUUAAUUUCGUCCUUUUCUUAAACAUUCUAAGAAUCCUGAUGAGAAAACUUAGAACCCAAGAAACAAGAGGAAAUGAAGUGAACCAUUAUAAGCGGCUGGCAAAGUCCACCCUCUUGCUGAUCCCCCUCUUUGGCAUCCACUACAUCGUUUUCGCCUUCUCCCCAGCGGACGCCAUGGAGAUCCAGCUAUUUUUUGAAUUGGCCCUUGGUUCAUUCCAGGGACUGGUGGUAGCUGUCCUUUACUGCUUCCUCAACAGGGAGGUACAGAUGGAGGUCCAGAAGAAGUGGCAGCAGUGGCACUUCCGAGAGUUCCCGCUGCGCCCUGUGAUCCUCAGUUUCUUCAGCAAUGGCCCCAAGGCCAGCCCCUCAGAGCAGAGCUGGAGCACUUGCAGAACCAGCAUCAUCUGAGAGGCUCGAGCAGAGCGGGACCGCCCAUGGACAGAGGCUGAGAUGCGUCCUGAGAGAGCUGGACACUGCUCUGGGACAGCUCUUCCCAGCAGACACUCCGCUCUCGCCUGUGUGGGUGUCUCCCCUUCCCCAGGCCUUGGAUCCCUUAGAACUGAAGGGA